UUUAACAACUGAGUGAAAGCUGUGUGACUUUCCUCUGAUGAAUUUUACAUGAGGGUUUUUAUGCUAAUUGAGCAAAUCCUGUGGUGUCAAUCAUUCGCGUUCUCCUCACGCACCGAAAGAUAUUGACACGUCUGUGCUUCAAAUUCAAAAGAUUUGUUGAGUGGCAGAUUGGAAACACGACCGCCAACCGAGCGUAACACUCUGUGAAAUAUAACAGCUAUCAUAAAGUGUUGUUGCUUUGAAACUGCGAGGUCGAAAAGUGGCAGUACGGGGCUUUAUUUUGACCGUCCGUUAAGUUGAGUGUUGAGCAUUCCUAAUUCGUCACUCAAGCGCGCGGACAUCUUGGAUUUUGUAGGUUUAUUUGUCGAGAGCUGGAUCUUUAUCGCGCGAUGGAAGGAAAUGUGAUGAAUUCUGUCCAAGUUCCCAUGUUAUCGGGUCAGCAAGCUGCACUGGAGCAGAUGAAGCCUCCUGAAGAAGGCCCAGACGGUCGUAAGCAGGACAUCGGUGAUAUCUUGCAGCAAAUCAUGAACAUCACAGAUCAGUCUCUGGACGAAGCGCAAGCGAGGAAACAUGCUCUGAACUGCCAUCGAAUGAAGCCCGCCCUUUUCAACGUCCUCUGUGAGAUCAAGGAAAAAACAGUUUUGAGUAUUAGGGGAUCCCAAGAAGAUGAACCUCCUGAUCCUCAGCUGAUGAGGUUGGAUAACAUGCUCCUUGCAGAGGGUGUGGCAGGCCCUGAGAAGGGAGGUGGGUCGGCUGCAGCAGCAGCAGCAGCAGCAGGGGUACAUGAGAAUCAAGCUGAACAUACAGAGUACAGAGCUAAGUUGAAUCAGAUCAGACAGAUUUAUCAUACAGAACUGGAAAAAUAUGAACAGGCUUGCAAUGAAUUUACCACCCACGUCAUGAAUCUCUUGAGAGAACAGUCAAGAACACGACCUAUUUCUCCCAAAGAAAUUGAGCGUAUGGUGAAUAUCAUUCAUCGCAAGUUCAGUGCAAUUCAGAUGCAGCUGAAACAGAGCACUUGUGAAGCUGUUAUGAUUUUGAGAUCAAGGUUCCUGGAUGCCAGGAGAAAAAGAAGAAACUUCAGUAAACAGGCCACAGAAAUUUUGAAUGAAUACUUUUAUUCUCACUUGAGUAACCCUUACCCAAGUGAGGAAGCAAAAGAAGAACUGGCCAGAAAGUGUGGCAUCAGUGUUGCGCAGAUAUCAAACUGGUUUGGUAAUAAAAGAAUUAGAUACAAGAAAAACAUCGGAAAAGCCCAAGAAGAGGCUAACAUGUAUGCCGCUAAAGCUGCCUCUGGAGGUGGGCCAGCAGGUCAAGUUCAAGGUCAGCCAGGAGUGCCACCCUCUGCUCAAGGACAAUACCCAGGGGGUGCUGUAGCAGGGAGUCCAACAGGCGUUGUGUCGUCAUCACAGCAUCAAAUGCCAGUUACUAGUCAGCCUCAGCCAGACAUGUAUGGUGUUCAGAUGAACGGCAGUGGCAUGAGUGCUGAAUAUCAGACUGGAUCUAACGUUGGUGCUAACGUCCAGUCUCAGGUACCAGGUUUGCGACAUGUGAUUUCCCAGGCUGCCACAGGUUAUGGUAUUGAUCCAGCCACAGGACACAUGCCGCCUCAUGGACAGGGUCAAGUCUACCAUGAACCUCAUCAUCUUCAUCAUCAAGCAAGAGGGUUCAAUGAACUGUUUGACUCAAUUAAUGUGUGGGCUGGAAAGGCAGGAUCAGCUAAGAGUGGAGAACAGAGAAAGAGAGGGCAAAAUGGCAAAGCAGGAAGUCGCAGUAACACCCCCUCAGAUUCCUUACCAGUCUCCCAAGAGGACAAAGAUGAGCAAGGAGGCCCAGAGUUCUCUAGUUUACAGGGGCUGACUGAAAUGACCAAUGCUGACUUUGACUCACGUGGAAAUGAUCGGUCCAGGGAUGAACCUCCAUCAAAAAGAACAAAGAUGUGAGAAGUACUUGAUGGACGGAAAUGAGUGGGAUUUUGCUGGCAGGCUGUGUUUUGUGUUCAAGAAAACUGGAGUGGACACUAAUGAAUUAUUUGAAGAUUUUAGGAGGUUAUGUGCUGAAAGAUUGAUUUAAGAAGGUGUGCCUUGGUACAUGUAGGUAAAAUGAAUCAAAGAGGCCUUGAUAAACAUGGGAUGUGACUUUACAUUCUCAGUUCAGCUCAUGGUGUUGAUGUAUGAAAAAAAGCAGUGGCUUGCUAGUGCUAGUGUGUUUACAGGUUUUGGUCUUAUAGCUUUUGUCAAGAAAACUGCUAAAACUGCUCUCUCUGUUUGUUUCAUGAUGUGACAGCAAACAUGGAAAGGCUGCUUUCGCACUGCUAUAGUACCAUCUGUGUAUAUUUGGGAAUGAGAGCAAACUGAGAAGAUUAUGUUUUUAACAACUGGAAUACAGAAUGUAAUCAAAAUUAUAGUAUCUACUCUAAUAUAUGAAUGCAGGCUUGGUUAUAACAAUUAAAAAUGAUUUAGAAAGUUCUAAUUAAAGCUCUUGUAUAGCAUUA